UAUCAGGUUUCGGUGUUACAGAUACCUCCCACCGGUCCUUAAUUCUUGAAUAAACUAGCGUACUCAUAUCAUUUCACGCAAAACAAUUCACCCACCCUUUUAUCCUUGAUACGUUUCACAUCAGGAUUUGCUCUAGACCGCACUUUAUUUCAUAACUAUCUGACCUUUAAUAAUCAAGAAUUGAAUCACUUCGACAGUGCUUUUGCGAGAUUAGUGUGCGUACUUCAAUUGUUUUGUAGUUUCCGAAUCUGAACAGUUAAAAAAUGAUGAUUGUGCUUCUGCUGGGUCUAUGUAUCGGACAUGCUCUGGGUUUGGAAUUAUUAAACCAAUGGAAUUUCCUGAAUUACGAUUUUCCCCCAGAUUAUGAUAUCAGUGACUUCAGACCUGAAAACACAGUAUUCACGGGGAUCGAGAUAACUGAUGAUAGAAUCUUCAUCGCGACGCCAAGGCUUCGAGCUGGUGUUCCUGCAACCUUCAGCAGUUUUCACAGGAAUUCCCAUACAGGUUCAAGUCCCAUUCUCCAGGCUUACCCUGACUGGUCGUUCCAUGCUGCCGGUCGAGGCGAUUUCAAUUGUUCAGGACUCAUUUCAGUCUAUAGAGCCAAAAUAGAUUCGUGUAAUAGAUUGUGGGUUCUCGAUUCCGGUUUGGACACAUCGAUUGACAACUUCAGAACGGCAUGUCCACCGAAGAUAUUGAUAUUCGAUCUGAGAUCGAACCAAAUAGUUCGUACUAUUAUCAUUCCCGAAGAAGUCCUGAGACCAGUCUCCGCCCUGACUAACUUGAUCUUGGAUGAGAGCGUCCAAGGAAAAUGUGAUGCAGCAUUCAUUUAUAUCAGCGAUACUGUUGCAGCAGGAUUGAUAGUUUAUGAUGGAGCAAGGGAUAGAUCAUGGAGAUUUUCCGACCCCUCCAUGUUUCCUAACCCUGACUACUCAAAAAUAAGCAUCGUUGGAGAGCAGUUUUCGCUGAUGGAUGGAAUAAUUGGUCUUGCACAUUCCCCAAAGCUUGCAAUACUUUUCUACCAACCUUUGGCUACCGACAGGAUAUUCAGCAUCCCAACUGCCACUUUGACCAAAGGGCCUCCAGGCGAGUUUGAAGAGUUACCCAUAUCAGUAGCUGGAAGAAAAUCCUCCCAAGGCAUGCCUCUAGCUAUGAAUGAGGAUGACAAUACCCUUUACUUCAGUCCUAUGACUGAAACUUCAGUGGCUUCUUGGAAUAUCGUUUCAAAUCAACAGAAAAUUCUAGCAAAUGAUCCAGUGAACCUCCAGUUCGUGCCAGAUAUCAGAUGGAAAGAAGAUGGAAGCAUCUACAUACUGAGUUCAAGAUUCCAUAAGUUUUACAGAAGGACCGUGACUCCGAAAGAAAUCAAUUUACGUAUUCUAAAAGUAACCCCUCAAAGAUAUAUAUUUGAAAAUAUUAACAACUUUUACUAUUGAUAAUCCAAAUUGACGUGGAUUUCCAAUUUCUGCAAAAUAUAAGUAUUUUUUUUUGAGUGAUGAGAAACUCUUCAUCACUUAUAAUUGAUAUGAUGGAAAAAAUUCAUUAAAAUUGUUCUCUGCAUAUCAGGAUUGCAAAUUCAACCUGAUUAAAUAACCUAACAUUCAACAAACUUCAUUACAAACAAAGUAUACCUCAAGAAUUGAAGGGAUUGUUACAACGUUAAAUCAACUUCCUCAUUGUAUAGUUAGUUAUUGUAUAGUCAUUCAAAAUUGUAAAUAAAAAAUAUGAUGUUGGAGCGUCAAAGUCACUUUAAUACAAUACUGAAAAUU